AUGCUUACGGAUCACGGGAACGUGGGCUUGUUCUUCCUGAUCUCAGCCGCCACAUUUUUAUGCUUCGGCUUCUUUGUCAAGAAAUUAGUGGACACGACGGGCAGCAGGAACAGAGUGCUCAUCUGCGCUUUUGGAUUAGCUGUUCAAGCCAUCGGAUUCAUCCUCAUUGGUCCGGCUCCAAUGCUCGCCAUGAACAAAACGGUGUGGUUGAGCAUCGCAGCUGUUGUGCUCAUGGGUUUUGGAUUCGCAUUCUCGUUCAUUCCCACGUUCGCUCUGCUUUUCGACAUUGCCUUACCUGGAACCCGAACCAACAGCACUGCAGGCGGCGUUGAACGGGUGACGUAUGCGACAAGCAUUGCUGUUAUCUGGUUCGUGACGUUUUCAAUUGGGUGAGCAAUGAUUGAUUGAAUUGCCUGGUGGAGAAAACAGUGAUGGAUGAGCUUCGCAU